UGUUAGGGAAAGUUUUGUUCUAGUUGAUUUUCAACAGUUGUCAUUGUUAAUUAUAAUAUCAUUUAUAAACACAAUAUCAAUCAUUAAACUUGAAUGAUUAAUAAACACAAUAAUUAAUUUUUAUAUCAAUUUAAAUUAUUUAAUUUAGUAAACUUAAAUAUUUAUUUACAAAUAAUUGCAAACAAUAUAUUGGGUUUGGAUUUAGUUUUAAAAAUUUAAUCGUGACAAAUUGAAUGAUUUUGUAUGGGAGCUGUAUAUACGAAUGAAGAAGGUUCAGUGCGCAAUACCAUUUGAUUCAAUUGGAAUUCCUGUGUGCGAUGAAUUCUGGUAUUGGGUGUGACGGGUGUUUAUGCGCGAGCUAGCUAGAUCUCUCCCGUGAUUCUCUUAUUCUCUCACGGAUUCGUACCUCCACUCAACUGUUCGAUUUCGUGACACAUCGUGUGUGCUGUGACCGAAAGCGAUUUCCACACUGCACUUUGUUUGGAAUAUUAAUUUUCGAGAAAAGUAACUUUAACGAUUAAAAAAUUACAAUUUGGGUGACGCCUUAAAUAUUACAAGCACUACAAUUGCUGUUACGAAACCAUUGUUUACUAACUUCAAAAAUAUUUAAACAUAUAAUGAAUUAAUAUUUUUUUUUACUCUGCCGUUUCAAAAUAGACAUUAUAAAACCAACUAUAAAUUUUUUUUAUUAUGUCUUACAACAUAUCAAUUUUUCCGACUUGUGUUGAACCAUUUUUGGGACCUACUCUGGCACAAGCAUGUCCUGGAUCACAGUUUUUUCUCUUUAUGACUCUUUUAGAUACAUUUAUACGUUCCAGUCCAGAAAUAUCUCAGCUGUGCAAUCGAGUGUUACCCACAAAUCUACCAGAUUAUUAUUAUGAUUUUGUUGUAAUUGGAGGAGGGUCCGCUGGUGCGGUUGUAGCAGCUCGACUGAGUGACGUACCAGAGUGGAAAGUUUUACUUUUGGAAGCUGGUCCGGAUGAACCACCUGGUGCCGAUAUUCCGAGUAUGGUUGCUAUGUUUCUAGGAACAGAACUUGACUGGCAAUAUAGAACAACAAACGAGAAAAAUGCUUGUCUAUCAACAAAUGGAUCUUGCGGGUGGCCGCGGGGUAGAAAUCUCGGUGGUUCUUCCGUCCACAAUGGAAUGAUGUAUAUUCGUGGUCACGCUAGAGAUUACGACGACUGGGAGUUUAUGGGAAACGAGGGAUGGAGUUGGCGUGACGUACUACCUCACUUUAUGAACAUGGAAGAUAAUGGAAAUAUUGAUAUGGUUGAUGAUAAAUAUCACAGUACUGGAGGACCUUUGAGAGUCGAAAAAUUUCCAUGGCGACCAUCUAUAUCUGAUGACAUCCUUCGUGCUGCUGAAGAUAAGGGAUUUGGAUUAAGUAAUGAUUUAAAUGAUGACACGAUAACUGGUUUCACGAUAGCACAAUCUACUAGUAAAAACGGGGUUCGUGUAAGCAGUGCAAGUGCAUUCUUACGACCCGUUAGGGAUCGUCCCAAUCUUGAUAUUGCAUUAAACGCAACAGUUACUAAAAUACUAAUUGAAUCUCGCAGAGCUAUCGGCGUUCUAUAUAUUCAAGACAAUGAAUUACGUACAGCAAGAAUAUCACGUGAAGUGGUUGUUUCGGGUGGAGCUAUUGGUUCACCGCAUUUAUUAUUAUUGUCUGGAAUAGGUCCAAAACAACAUCUCAAAGAGAUAAGAGUACCUGUGGUUAAUGACUUAGCGGGUGUUGGUGAAAACUUGCAGAAUCACGUUUCUUAUACGCUCGCAUACACAAUUAGUCAACCAAAUGAGUAUGACUUAAAUUGGGCUGCUGCAUUGGAAUACGUGAGUCAUCAAAGAGGUCCCAUGUCAUCAACUGGUAUGUCACAAAUCACGGGUAUUAUAUCGUCGAGUUAUAGUACACCAGAUCAUCCGGAUUUGCAGUUUUACUUUGGGGGCUUUCAAGCAACCUGUGCAACUACCGGACAAAUUGGAACGCUUAUAGAUAAUAACCUACGGAGUAUUAGUAUAUCACCAACUAAUCUUCAUCCCCGAAGCAGAGGAUUUAUUCGUUUGGCAGACAAUAAUCCUGUAAGUAAACCUAUCAUACAGGCAAACUAUUUCCAAGAUCCUCAAGACGUUGCAGUUUUGAUAGAGGGUAUUCAACUAGCUAUAUCCCUUAUGAAUUCAAGUGAACUAGCAAAAUUCAACCUUACCUUAAUAAACCCUUCUAUACAAGCAUGCUCCCAGUUUAUGUAUUUAAGUGAAGAGUACUGGAGUUGUGUUGUUAAGCAAGACACUGGACCGGAAAAUCAUCAAGCUGGUUCUUGUAAAAUGGGACCGGUUAAUGAUCCAAUGGCUGUCGUUGAUUCGAAACUCAAAGUUCACGGAAUAAAUGGUCUUCGAGUUGCUGAUACCUCUAUCAUGCCGAAAGUUACGUCUGGAAAUACGGGCGCUCCAGCAAUGAUGAUAGGGGAAAGAGCAGCAGCAUUUAUCAAACACGAUUGGCUAGGAUUAAGAAAACACUGGCGUUCACUGCCUACUUUUUAGAAAUUUUUUAGAAUUCGUACUUAAUUGACUUUGUAACUAGUUAUAUAUUCUGAAAGCUGUCGAAAAUAAUGCUUAAGAUUUGGAAAUGUCAAUAAAUAUCAAGAAGUAA